AUGAUCAAAAAAAAAGUCUCGAAGAGAGCCGUGUUGGAAGAAGUUGAACAAAAGCUUGCUGCUACUAUCGAAAAAGCAGAUGAUGGGAGUUUAGAUGAUUAUUUGGAUCUCUUUGGUGAUUUUAAUGAAGGAUUGGACGAUAAUUUAAUUGGAAAACGAAAAAGUUUUUUUAUUUUUGAUGCUGAUUAUUAUUUGAAGCGUGUGAUGGUAAUGGAGGCUGAGAUUGUGGAUAUUAUUAGAAGAAGAAUGGUUCCAGAUGCCAAACGUUCUAUAUCUAGAUUUGUUAACACCUACAAUACAAUUAGUUGUGAUGAAAUAGAAUGGAAAGCUUUAUGUAUGAAAUUGGAUUUAUCAUUUCACGGAAGUAAAAGCAAAGACAAUUAUCGGAUUUUUGAUAGAGGACUUGAGGCUGGAAGUAGCAGAAAAGCUGAUAGAACUACUUUAGAAUGGAUUAAUGAUGCUCCAAAUUCCUUUCUUCCUAUUCUUGAGGAUAAUAGAUAUUGGUGGUUGUAUAAAUGGGAACAUAAAAAGAAGAAGUGGAGGUCAAUGGUAGUGAAUUUAAAAUUGGUUUAUUUGCAAGAAACUCACAAGAUCAGAAUAGAGUUUGAUUAUAUUGUGUUUGAAUUGCAAUUUGUUAAUGAACAGUUAGUUAAAGGAAAGAAAGUUUGGAAAGAACGUUUAUGA